UUUUUUUUUAAUUUUUUUAUUAGCAUUUAUUUACUUAUUUUGGCGCAGUCGUGCAUUAAUUACAAACGGCGGAAUUGCAGACGAUGUUCAAACCAGCAAAUCUGCAUAUCAUUUUCAUUUCAAUGAAACCUGCUGGACUGGGGCUGUCCGUGAUUGGUGGAGGCACUCGUGACGUCACGGGAGCAGUCAGGCCAGUAUUUUGACAAUGAGAAAAGUUCACCAGGGUGUUGAUGAGACGCUGCUGGGGAACUUUCACUCAUCGGAUUGAACUCCGCGGUAAACAGCGCGUUGCAUGACUUCCUCUUAAUGUCUUGCGGACUUUUAGGAGGACGCCAGCGCUGUUUAACAAGUGGACAUAUCAUCAUCAGCAUCAGCACCGAAGGACUCACCCAUGAGCCAAGACAGGAUCGGUAUUCGCUCAUAGAUCAGGUGCAGCUCUGACUGAGAUGGCUGUGUCACUACCCUGCCAAGGGGCAGUCCUGUUGGCUGUGGUCUUCUGUUGCUUGCCUUGGAUCACUUCCUCCCUUAACCUGGAUGAUCCCAAUGUCUGCAGCCACUGGGAGAGUUACUCUGUGACAGUACAGGAGUCGUACGCCCAUCCGUUUGAUCAGAUUUAUUACACCAGCUGCACUGACAUCCUCAACUGGUUCAAGUGCACCAGACACAGAGUGAGCUAUCGAACAGCAUAUCGUAGAGGAGAGAAAACCAUGUACCGGAGAAAGUCUCAAUGCUGUCCAGGCUUUUUUGAAAAUGGAGAGAUCUGUGCUCCUCAUUGUGCAGAGAGCUGUGUUCAUGGCCGCUGCAUGGCACCCAACACCUGCCAGUGUGAGCCGGGCUGGGGAGGCUCCAACUGCUCCAGCGCUUGUGACAGUAACCACUGGGGUCCCCACUGCAGUAACCGAUGCCAGUGUCAGAAUGGAGCCCUGUGUAACCCCAUCACCGGAGCCUGUAUCUGCACUCCUGGGUACAGAGGCUGGCGCUGUGAGGCUCAAUGUGAACUGGGCACCUACGGUAACGGAUGCCAACAGAAAUGCCAAUGCCAGAAUGGAGCCGCUUGUCACCAUGUAACCGGAGAAUGCAAGUGCUCGCCAGGAUACACCGGUGCCUUCUGUGAAGACCUGUGUCCUCCAGGUAAACAUGGGCAGCAGUGUGAGGAAAGAUGUCCAUGUCAGAAUGGAGGAGUUUGUCACCAUGUGACUGGAGAGUGCUCCUGUCCUGCUGGCUGGAUGGGGACAGUGUGUGGCCAGCCAUGUCCAGAAGGGAGAUUUGGACAAAACUGUUCCCAGGAAUGUCAGUGUCACAACAACGGCUUUUGUUUGUCAUCCACUGGACAGUGUCUUUGCGGCCCUGGAUACACAGGAGAGCGGUGUCAGAAUCAGUGUCCAGUUGGUACUUAUGGCGCUGGCUGUGCGAAGACAUGUCGUUGUAAGAACAACAGCAAGUGCUACCACACCAACGGAAUGUGUCUCUGUGAGCCGGGGUACACCGGGGAGACGUGUGACGUCCGACUCUGUCCCGAGGGACGAUACGGCCUUCGCUGUGAUAGGAAGUGUCCCUGCUACGUCCAGAACACUCGCAGCUGCCACCCAAUGUCAGGGGAGUGCACUUGUCAGCCAGGCUGGUCAGGCCUCUACUGCAAUGAGACGUGCACCCCAGGAUUUUAUGGCGAGUCCUGCCAGCAGGUGUGCCAGUGCCAGAAUGGCGCAGACUGCCACAGUGUGACCGGAGUCUGCAUGUGUGCUCCAGGCUUUAUGGGUCCCAAUUGCUCCAUCCCCUGCCCAGCAGGAACCCAUGGAGUGAACUGCUCUUCCAGCUGUAUCUGUAAGAACAAAGCCCAGUGUUCACCUGUGGAUGGAUCCUGCUCCUGUAAACCAGGGUGGCAUGGUGUGGACUGCUCCAUCAACUGUCCCAGUGGGACCUGGGGUCUGGGCUGUAACCUCACCUGCAUGUGUGGGAAUGGAGGAGCAUGUAACGCGUUGGAUGGUCGCUGCACCUGUGCUCCAGGCUGGAGAGGAGAGAGGUGUGAAGUGCGUUGCCAGGAUGGUACUUAUGGUCUGGAUUGUAAAGAGCGCUGCGACUGCAGUCAUGCUGAUGGAUGUCACCACUCCACUGGUCACUGCCGUUGCCUUGCUGGAUGGACUGGCAUCCACUGUGACAGUGUGUGUGCAGAGGGUCGCUGGGGUCCAAACUGCUCUCUUCCUUGUAACUGUAAGAAUGGAGCAUCCUGCUCUCCUGAUGAAGGAACCUGUGAGUGCGCUCCAGGAUACAGAGGCACCACCUGUCAGAGGAUCUGCUCCCCUGGUUACUUUGGCCAUCGCUGCAGUCAGACCUGUCCACAGUGCGUCCACAGUAACGGACCGUGUCACCACGUGACAGGACAGUGUGACUGUCUGCCUGGCUUCAAGGGAGCUCUGUGUAACGAGGUGUGUCCCAGUGGUCGCUUUGGAAAGAAUUGUGCCUGGAGCUGCAGCUGCACCAACAAUGGCACCUGUAACCCCAUUGAUGGCUCCUGUCAGUGUUAUCCAGGGUGGAUCGGCAGCGACUGCUCCCAGCCAUGCCCGCCUGGUCAGUGGGGACCCAACUGCAUCCAUACGUGUAACUGUCACAACGGAGCGUACUGCAGCGCUUAUGAUGGAGAGUGCAAGUGCACCCCAGGAUGGACCGGCCUCUACUGCACACAACGCUGCCCCUUGGGUUUCUAUGGGAAGGACUGUUCUCAGAUCUGCCAGUGUAGGAAUGGAGCCGACUGUGACCACAUCUCUGGACAGUGCACGUGUCGCACUGGUUUCAUGGGGCAACACUGUGAACAAAAGUGUACCCCUGGUUCGUAUGGCUAUGGCUGCCGUCAGGUUUGUGACUGCAUGAAUAACUCCACCUGUGAUCACAUGACUGGCACAUGUUACUGCAACCCAGGAUGGAAGGGGGCUCGAUGUGACCAAGCUGGUGUUGUGGUGGUGGGCAGCCUUAACAGCUUGACCAGUGCAGCCAUGCACGUGGACACCUACCAGAUUGGAGCCAUCGCAGGAAUUAUCGUCCUGGUGCUGCUGGUGCUUUUCCUUCUGCUCCUUUUCAUCAUCUACAGGAAGAAACAAAAGGGCAAAGAGCCCACCAUGCCGGCCGUGACCUACACUCCUGCUAUGAGGGUCACUGCUGAUUACACCAUGGCAGAUGCUCACUCACCAGCAUGUGAGACCCACCCUACAAACUACUUCUCCAACCCCAGUUACCAUACUCUGACCCAGUGCGUCAGCCCCCCACAUGUUAACAACGGUCCAUACGGAAAGGCCAAGAACAAUCAACUAUUUGUUAACAUGAAGAAUGUGGAUCAGAGAAAACGGGCGCCUCUUGUUAAUCAUACUGGCACAUUGCCAGCAGACUGGAAACAAGAUGACUGCUUCAAUGAACUGGGAGCCUAUGGAGUUGACAGGAGAUACAUGGGGAAAUCUUUAAGAGAUCUCGUGAAGGGCACACCCUAUCAUGCCAGCUCCUGUUCCCUCAACAGCUCUGAAAACCCAUAUGCCACAAUAAAGGACCCUCCCAUGCUGACAGCCAAAAACACAGAAUGUGGCUAUGUGGAAAUGAAAUCACCGGCCAGAAGGGAUUCACCAUAUGCUGAGAUUAGCAACAGCAGCCCGACCAAUAACCGGAAUGUCUAUGAAGCUGAGCCAACUGUAAGCACGAUCCAGACCAAUGAAGACGGCUGCAGCCAUGUGCAGUUUCGCCAAGAUCCAUAUGAUCUACCGAAAAACAGUCAUAUCCCCUGUCACUAUGACCUCUUGCCAGCCAGAGAGAGUCCUUCUUCAGAGCUCAAGGAGCUGGAAGUUGAAUGAUGGGAUAGAGACUCAGCACUGGAUGUUCACAAAAUAGCAUACUUUACUGUGUACCCACAGCAUAUUUUCAACUGUUCUUUUUUUUCUUUUUCUUUUUUUUUUUUUAUCUUUGAUACUAUCGUUGUAAGUAUAUACUAUGAUUUAAAGUGGGUUUACAGGUUUACAGGUUAGUUUUGCGGCUGUUAUUUUUUUUUAACAGUUGCUGUAACUAUGAUAAAGUCUUUGUAGAUCAUUCCACAAGUCUGAAAGAUGGUGUAUGCUUUGAACAAAGUACUUCGUAUGAUGUGUUGCUGUUAAAGCCAGUGUCGACUUGUUCGAAAUGGCCACUCUCAACAGUGACCUUGCAGGUUUGCAGUGUUCUCUCUCCAAGAAUUCAGUAGGCUUUCGCAUUUUUCUGCCAUUGCCACAGGAGUUUGAUAUGAGCAUGAUAUGCGUUAGGAUUCGAUCUACACAAUAUUUGGUGUUUGCACAUAGUAAUAACAUCAAAUGUAGUCAUGAGUGUUGGACUAGUAUUUAAGUUAACCAAAGGUAUAAGUGCCAUUUAAAGCCUUGUCCAUGAAACUCCUUCUGGUCCUACCAAUAUUCACUAGUUCUGUUUAGUGAAUCAACACAUCUGUCAGAUAAAAGACAGUAAUGUUUUUCGUACAAGAACAAUUCAUUUUUGUAUAUCAUAAUAUCAGUCAUAUACAGUAUAUUACUAAGUGAUCAUGAGUGGUCACUACGCUGUGGCACCUGUUGCCAUUUACGUGAGCUCUUCUUAGUGGAUCUACAUCCAUAUAGUUAAACUUCACAAAAGCAACUCAGUCAAUCAACUUUUGCAUUGUACAGAUGAUAGCCUAGAUUCUUGUUGCCAUAUCAUGGUAAUACAGAUGGUUUUCUUAACAACAUUGUUGAGUUAAAACCCUGAAGAAGUAGACAACGAUCUACAUUAUUUAGGCAAAUUUGCAUGUCUGCUGCUGCGCCAUGUCAAAAAGCAGCACGCUGGCUAAACUCAGUCCUUGACUGGACCACUCACUAACAAUGUGGCUAUACUAUAUGUAGCGCUAGCAUUCGCAACCCAGAUAAAUGAUAGUAGAAGGUGUGUACAUGGAUGAGACUCAUUUCCCCUCUGACUUUCUGCUGCCUCAACCUGUGUGUCAGACCUGUGUGUUGCUUGAAAAACAAUUAUGCAUGGAGCCCAUACAGUGACACAACAAGAAAAUCCAGAGGGGCCAUGGCAGACAUGCUAACCCUUCAGUUUAGUUAACUGGUUAGCGGAUGCUUUCUCCCUCUGCCUUAUGUCCCAAUUUUCAAGCACUUGUCCCAGCCUCCCAGUACAGAUCUAUUACUUUAAUAUUGCUUUUAAAAAUGCAUUUGAUUUAGUAUUUUGUCAAAUUAUUGGCAAAAUUACACAAUUUAGAUUCAAGACCUCUUAAUCAUCCUAUAUAUGAAAUGUUGUUAAAUUUAAGAAAAACACACAUCAUACCAUCCUGUUCUUCAAAUGAUGACAUUCUGAAAAUAAGUUAAAUGUAUUCUGUUUUUUUGUUUUUGUUCUUUGGUCGGUUGGUGUAAAAUGUAAUGCAUAAAGUGAGUGUGUGGAUGGAAGCUGAGGAUGCAGGAUGCGACAAGGUUUGUAUAUUAAGAUAUGUCAUUUUAUGUUUUGUUUCUUGAGUGGGUAAUUUAUAGUGUACACUCAUAUUAUAAAUUUCCCCUAUGUCUCCAGCUCUCUUUGUUGUAUGCAGUGACAUGUUGGUUUGUCCAACGAAAAGUCUCCACUUUCCUUCUCGUUUGUGUAUUGGUUGUCCUACACCUGCACUACACGGUGAUUGUGUUAGCUUGCUUGGCCGUUCCCAAUUGACAGGACUGCUGGCAAUUCCUGAAAGUACUUGGAAUUUGCCGAGCCAAAAAUUGAAUUGCAGCAAUUUAGAUUGAUAGGACACUUUAUGUUUUGCUGUGAUGACACGUUGUGACCUCAUUCCAUCGUUAGGAUCCAUGGCCGCUAGAAUUUCCACCAGUGGCCAGAAUAUUUGCUAAGAAGUCAGGUUUGCUAAGAGUUUCACAACAUCAUUGUAUCUUCAUCUUGUCUCACUUCAAUGAGCAUCCUCAUAUUACCAAAGUAACCCAGUCAUUUGUACAAUUGUAGCAAGUCAAUAAGUUAGUUGAUAGUCUCUAUAAGAGUGCAAUUUAAUGGGCUCAGCAUAUCUGACGAGAUGAAAGCUUAAGCUGGACUUUGGCUUUUGGAAAGAAUCUAACAAAAAGAGAUCACAUUACUAAUGUGUUAUAAAUAAUGUCAUAUCUCACUAAACAUUGUUUUGUUUUUACGUUUCCUGUAUUCUGAAUGGUCCAAAUAGCAAACGGUUUUAUUAUUCUGAGCCUGUUUGUAAAAAAUGUACAUAGUCUGAUUAGUUCUGAUGUAAUAUUUAACAUCGCCAAGUGUCUUAUGUUCUAAAUUGAAAAAAGGAACAGAUGUGGCAUUUGGAUUCAAACUGAUGGAUUGUAACAACUCACGACCCUUCAUCUACGGAUGCUGCAGUUCUUUUGUCGAUGUUUCCCCAUGUAAACCGCCAGAUUACUAGUACUGUGUAUUUAAGUGAUCUCUGCUCUGAACUGAAUGCUUGAGAUUUUCUCAAGAUUAACAUGCCAAACUCAUCUUUUUCUUAAUUGAUAUUUCUAUCCUCUAGUUUGAAUUUACACAUUUACACACAAACCACCACUGCACAGUUCUUAUCCAAGAAGGUGAUUUACACAAUAUCACCAUGGGACGCUGUUGUGCUUUCAGGGGGUUUGUUUUUCAUUGUAGAGUUUUUGUGCAAAUGCUUUUGAAUAAAAUGACAAGACAGAUGGACCUUCA